AUGUCCACUUGCAUCAACGGAGAGCGCCGGACGCCCUUUCCCUCAAGUGACACCUGCCCUAUUCGUAGCCAGCCCUACGGUAGUUUCAAGUACAUCGUCUUGGACGUCAAAGCAGUUCAUCCAGCAUAUCAUCGGCACAAUGGCGCAUUACUUUCAAGAGGGCAUCCCGAGAAAAACCCAAGGCGGCCAGAACGCUGCUCUGUGGACGAGACAAUCGCCUCGUUCCACGAUCUCCAGUGGUCUCAGCCAGACAAAUUGUGGAAGACCGGUUGUGUUCCAGGCAGCAGCCGAGGCUGCAAAGAAGAAGAGGUUCUCUGGGUGGUACAUGACUGCAGAGAUCGGUCAAGCAGCUUCCGAGCUGCAAAAAGGGCAACGAACCAUGUAGGGUCCGUGCGUCAAGGUCGAGGGCACCAAAGGGCCCAGAAAGUCGAGCAGCUGAGGGCUGCUGGUGUUGUUCGGGCAGCCAAAGCGGUAGUGGUCGGUCGAGGCAGCGCUAAACUGCAGGCGAAGGUGAAGGAUGCUGCAAAUGUUGUCUGGGCAGCCGAGGCUGCAGAGGUCGAUCGUACGGGAAUCGAGGUGCGCAGAGCCCAGAAUGUCGCAGGCUCGCGAAGCCGAAAAAGUCGAGGUAAAAAGAAGCCGCAAAUACCACAAAUGAAAUAG